AUGGAAGACAAUAGUCAAUCUCCUUCAACAAAUGAACAAACACCUUGUUGUCAAGAAAGAACAGAAGAAGUAAAAGAAAAAAGAAAACAACAACCAAACCCAUUAUCAAAGAAAUCAAUGAAAAAAAGAAAAAAAAUACUUAAAGAACAAAACGAUGGAAUUUGUCUUAAUUUUAUGAAAACUGGUAAAUGUGAAAGAGAGAAUUGUAAAUAUUCGCAUGACCUUAAAGAAUAUUUGUCUAAACGAACUGAUUUAUUAGAAGGAAUAUGUCCAUUGUAUAAAGAGUAUGGAUUUUGUCCAAAUGGAUAUACAUGUGGAUGGUAUAAAUCUCAUACUAAUGAACAAGGAGAGUUAAUAACAAACAAUGAAUUAAUGAAAUUGCAUCCAUUUAAAGAACCUUUAAAUACUCAAAAACCAGAGACAUUACAUGUUUUAAGAACAAAUAAAUUUGAAUUUAAAAUACCUGAAGAAUUUCCUGUUCCAGAAAAGAAAAUACUUGACUUAAAAGGAAAGUUAAUUCUUCCUUCAUUAUGUACUUUUGGUAAUUUACCAUUUAGAAAAGCAGUUAAAAGAUUUGGUUGUGAUGUUACAAUGACAGAAAUGAUUAUGGCUGAAUCAUUAGUUGAAGGUAAAACAAGUGAAUGGGCUUUAGUUAAAAGAGACCCAUCAGAAGAUAUAUUUGGAAUUCAGUUGUGUGUUGGCAACUCAUUGUUAGCAGCAAAAGCAUGUCAAGUUUUAAAUUCUGUUGAUUGUGAUUUUUAUGAACUAAAUUGUGCUUGUCCAAUUGAUUAUGUAUAUAAAAAAGGAAUGGGAGCUCAAUUAAUAGAACGACCAAAAAGAAUUGAAUCAUUACUUCAUGCCAUGAGAAGUGUUACAGAAAGACCAGUAGCAAUUAAAGUUAGAACUGGAAAGAGUAGUAAUACAAUCCAAGACGUUUUAUUACCAAAUUGUGCAAAUUAUGGAGCAGCGAUGGUAAGUAUUCAUGGAAGAACUAGAGACCAACGUUAUACUAAAUCAGCUGAUUGGGACUUUAUAAAACAAGCUACAACAAUUACCCAAUGCCCAGUUAUAGGAGUAGGAGAUAUUUAUGGAUAUAAAGAUUAUCAAAAGGCAUUAGAAUGUGGUGUUGCGACUGUAGCAAUUGGAAGAGGGGCAUUAAUAAAACCAUGGAUUUAUACUGAGAUUAAAGAAAAAAGAGAUUGGGACAUAUCAUCAUCAGAACGUCUUGAUAUUUUAAGACAAUAUGCACUAGACGGACUUUCCCAUUGGGGAAGUGACGCACAAGGAAUUAGUAAAACAAGAGAAUUUAUGUGUCAUCACUUAACAUUUAUGACAAGAUAUGUACCAGUUCAUUGUGUAAUAGAGACUAAUCAAGAAAUUUCAAUUAAAGUAAGAAAUGAUAGAGUUAUGUGUUAUCGAGAUGAUAUGGAAAAAUUAUUAACAUCAGACAGAUUAGAAGAUUAUAUUAAAAUUACCGAGAUGUUUCUUGGACCAGCUCCAAAAGAGUUUGUGUAUGUUCCUAAGCAUCAAUCAUAUGUGAAAAUGUGA